AUGUAUUUCCCGUCAUAUAUUACCCAUUUUCGCAAUUCUUUGCCAAUUUACAUAUCUAUCUAUACAAAGCCUUCCCGACCCUCCCUACCAUUCCUUCAUCGGCAAGUCUUUCCUUUGCUCACCUCAUCUGUACAAGCCUAUUUGGACAAUAAUGGUCACCCGGUCAAUCAGAAAGUGUGCCGUCAGGUGGCGCAAGCAGUCUUGCAUGACGACUACGGCCAAGCCAAACCAUCACCCUCACUACCACCAUCUCCUUCCCUACAAAUUUCCCCUCCUCCACCUCUCCCCCACCCCCCACCGAGCUGCCUAGACGAUUCCAUUUCCAUAUCUGCCUGUUUCUGGCGCGACGCCAAGAAUUUUCGCUUAUUUGAAUCUGCCAUCUUCUUCUUACUCUCCCUCUGUAGCCUUACUCUCCCUCACUUAUAUAAAGUUCUUACUCUCCGUCUUAACCUUAUACUUCUUUCUUAUACGGCUGUUAUAAUCCUCUUCUGUAUCAUCGUUACUCUCCACUUUCGAUGCUCAUUCUUACUCUUCUUCUCUUUUGUCUUCCUUACUCUCCUUCGAUCUCGCUUUUGCUUUCCUACUCUUCGUUCUCAUCUUACGAGACAUCCUUUUCUCUUUGUGAUUUCUGUUUUUGUUUAUCUCGUCAUUACAAUUUCUCUUCUUACCUUAUCUGCUGUCUCAUCCUUGCUCUCCUCUUUACACGCUCCUUCCUCGCCUCACCCACGCUUGUCUCCGUUCCCUCUCUCUUUAUUCCUGUUAACCAAUCCUCCACUUUCUGAAGACUUCACUUACUCAAGUGUCGACUGGCAUUUCUCACUCUCCAUUCCUAAACACCUUUCUCUCGAUGCUGUACUUCUCUUUUGUCUAUCUCUGUGUUUUAUUCCGUCUGUCACUUUCCAUUUUCACAAGUUCUCUCCCAGUCUCUUAUACUUACACUUUUUCCUGUCUAUCGCCCUUUCUUUAGCGUAG